AUGUCGAAAUAGUAAUGGACUUUAUUGACAACAGACACUUAAAAACUAUAAUUAUUUGGUAUGUAAGCUAAAGUCACAACAAAUUAUGGUGAUGUAUUUCAAGGACUCAUAUAUUAUUGUGAUGAAUCUAUCAUUAUAUUAAGUAUAAAUGAAAUUGCAAAUAUUAUAGAAAAUGAUGAUGACUUUUUUUUAAUUAAUCAACAAUCAAUACAAGAAUUACAAACCAUUGAUAUUUAAGAUCCUAAAGUAUGCGUUCUACUAAGCAUAGUAAACGUUAUAAAAUUUGUUGGCUAUCGAUUUGGCAGCUAUGGCAUAAGAAAUGUUAAAAAAAGAAAUGAAAGAACCCCAUUAACAAUUAUUUGAUCAUUUAUAAAAGUUAUAUAGAGAUGUUGAUUGGAAAGACUAAGAGAUUAUUAUUCCAUCUAUUUCAAUAAGAAUUUCACCACCUUAUAAAUCAGGUAAUAAUUAUAAGAGAUUUUAUUAUUAGAUAAUAUAACAGGAGAAAAUAAAUUGGGAGUUGAUAGAUUAAGGAAAAUUGUAAUGUAUAUAAUAAUGAACUUUUUAUGUAGGUUGAUAAAUAUGCCAAAAAUUUUUGAAUAUAGUUAAACAUUAUAUAUAUAUAUAAAUAUAAUAAUUUAAAAUUGUAAUUUUGUAUUUUUUAAUUCUAUGAAUAAUCGAGAAGAAGAGAAGACCCAUUAAAUAGAUGAUACGUAAAUUUAUAAUUAUAGUAAGAGAAAAUAAUAAUGAUGAGAAAUUGAGACAAUAAUACUUAUAAGAUUUAUAAAGAAGAGUUAAAAAGUCAAGAAAACAACCAGAUUGCUUUGAAUGUUGUUUUGCAUAUUGGUUAUUUGUUUUUUUAGGGUUUAUGUUUACAUAAGUGUUUUUAAAGAAAAUUUAUGAAACUCCUGAGGGUUGUAAUUUCAUUAGAUCAAUAAUAUUACUCUAAUUAAUUUAAUUUUCUCUUUCUGCUUGUUGUAGAUGCAUUGAUGGUUGUUGUAUUUUAAUACCUUGCAAAAAUACUAGAUGGUUUCAUUUAUCAUUAAGUUUCCAUGAUCUCAAUAAUCGUAUAAAUUAUAAAACAUGCAAAUGGGCCUUGAUUAUUUUAACAGUCACAUGGCUGCUCAAUUAAAGUUGUAUUGUAUUUUGGCCAAUGUUUAUUUUCCUCUUGAUAAUAUGGAUAAUAAUAUUAGUAUGGAAGUAAAUGAAAGAUGAAUGA